GAACCUGGGAAGGAAAACAGUCUCAACAAUGAACAAGCUGCCCAUCACCACCAACAACAGAUGACUUGCCAUUUCACUUACUAAGAUGUCGUCGGCUGGGGACAGUGGAGAUGCAGCACCUGGCAAACAAAACGAAGAAAAGACCUAUAAAAAGACUGCAUCAUCUGCCAUCAAAGGUGCUAUCCAGCUGGGCAUAGGAUACACAGUGGGUAAUCUCACGUCCAAACCAGACCGAGAUGUUCUCAUGCAAGACUUCUACGUGGUGGAAAGUGUGUUCCUGCCCAGUGAAGGGAGCAAUCUGACCCCAGCACAUCACUACCCAGACUUCAGAUUUAAGACAUAUGCUCCACUAGCAUUCCGAUAUUUCAGAGAGCUUUUUGGCAUCAAGCCUGAUGAUUACUUGUAUUCCCUCUGCAAUGAACCGCUGAUAGAGCUGUCCAACCCCGGAGCCAGUGGAUCCUUGUUUUUUGUGACCAGUGAUGAUGAAUUUAUUAUCAAAACAGUUCAGCAUAAAGAGGCGGAGUUCCUUCAGAAGCUGCUGCCCGGCUAUUACAUGAAUUUAAACCAGAAUCCAAGGACUCUUUUGCCAAAAUUUUAUGGACUGUAUUGCAUGCAAUCAGGGGGCAUUAACAUCAGAAUCGUGGUGAUGAACAAUGUCUUGCCGCGCUCCAUGAGAAUGCACUUUACAUACGACUUGAAAGGCUCGACCUACAAGCGAAGAGCAUCCCGAAAAGAGAGAGAAAAGUCCAACCCCACCUUUAAGGACUUAGAUUUCCUACAAGACAUGCACGAAGGGUUGUAUUUUGAUACAGAAACAUACAAUGCGCUCAUGAAAACUCUUCAGAGAGACUGUCGGGUGCUGGAAAGCUUCAAGAUCAUGGACUAUAGCCUUUUGCUGGGAAUCCACAUCUUAGACCAUUGCCUCAAAGAGAAAGAAGAGGACACGGCACAAAAUGCGCCUGAUGCGAAGCGGCCUGGGAUGCAGAAGGUCCUCUACUCCACAGCAAUGGAAUCCAUCCAGGGCCCAGGGAAAUCUGGGGACGGGAUCAUCACAGAGAACCCGGACACAAUGGGAGGGAUUCCAGCUAAAAGCCAUAGGGGAGAAAAACUACUUUUAUUUAUGGGCAUUAUUGACAUUCUGCAAUCAUAUAGGCUAAUGAAGAAGUUAGAACAUUCCUGGAAAGCUCUUGUUUAUGAUGGGGACACUGUUUCCGUUCACAGACCGAGCUUUUAUGCAGACAGAUUUCUGAAGUUUAUGAAUUCCCGAGUUUUCAAGAAAAUUCAAGCUUUGAAGGCCUCGCCUUCUAAAAAACGGUGCAAUUCCAUCGCCGCCCUGAAGGCGACCUCACAGGAGAUUGUGUCCUCAAUCAGCCAAGAAUGGAAAGAUGAGAAGCGGGAUUUGCUGACAGAAGGGCAGAGUUUCAGCAGCCUUGAUGAAGAAGCGCUGGGAUCCCGGCACAGGCCAGACCUGGUGCCUAGCACGCCAUCCCUGUUUGAAGCUGCUUCCCUGACGACCACCAUUUCAUCCUCUUCCUUAUAUGUCAAUGAACAAUAUCCACACGACAGGACGACGCUGUAUUCAAACAGUAAAGGGUUACCUUCCAGUUCAACAUUUACCUCAGAAGAGGGGACCAUCUACUUGACUUCUGAGCCCAAUGCUCUGGAAAUGCAGGACGAUAACGCCUCCGUGCUCGAUGUUUAUUUAAUAAGGAGACCGAAGCACCUGAUCAGCUCUCUGAGCUGGUAGAUGGCAGAGCGGACAGUCCAAUCCAGCCCUACCUACACGUGGAACCAUGCAGCACCCAAUCGCUGUACUUGUUACUGAUGAUUGACACAAGUCCCACAUCCAUCACGUUCAGUCAUGCUUUUAAAAGUGAGAGAUGCAGCCAAAAAAGGAAAGAGUGGAGGU